AUGGGAACCCCCAUCUCACUUGUGCCCUUUUGGGUUUCUCUCCUCUUAGCGCUCAGUAUAUCGGCUGGGGGUCCUCACUUGGGCGCUAAGGCGCAGGGGCCCCUGGGAGGGGCCCAUGAGGGGCCCCCGGGGGAGGCACCCGUUGAAAUCGCCUACGAAGUAGCAACGGCAUCGAAAGAAGAUGCAUUGAAACCUUCGCGUGCAGAUCAGGGACAUCACUGGUGCAGAGCACUGGAUUUACACAGUGCCUAUGGCGCCUGCAGCAGUAGCAAUGGCAGCAGCGACAGCAGCAGCGUGUUUCCAGUGUCCCUGGACGACGGCUGUUUUGGCGUAGUUCUUCUGCUGCUGCUACUGCUAGCAGCAGACCAGGCCGAGCGGCCGCUGCGAAAGUUUUGGGGCCCUUUAUCUUCACUGGCCAAGCGCAUGCGGCGCAGCAGCAGCAGCAAUAGCAACGGAAAUAACAUCAACCGGUUUGCUGUUGCUGCGAGGACGGAAGAGGGGAAAAGACUGCUCGGUGAGUUGGCAUCUUUGCAGCAGCUGCUGCUGCAGGAGCAGAUGCAGCAAAAGGAGCUGUCUGCCACGGAGGAGUUUGCUGCAUAUGCUCGAAAGCAGCGCAAAAUAGAUCAGCUUGUUUCCUCCAGGGACGCAUGCAUGCAGAAACUGCAACAACUUCAGCAGCAGCAGGGGCCCCAACAGCAGCGUAGUAGAAAAGAGGUGCUGCUGCUGUUGCGAGCUGCCAAUCAGUUACUUCUCAAGCCCCUCUUCAAGCGCCAUGGCUGCGCUGUCGCAAAGGUAAGGCUCAGCUUCCCGCUGCAGAAGGUGGAGCAGCAGAAGCAGCUAUUAAUAGCAGCAGCAGCAAUAAGAGUGUGA